GUCUGUUCCAAGGUAAAGGCAACCGAACUGUCCGUCAAAGGAACAACUUGGAGCCGUGAAUGUCGACUUCAUCACAGAGGGGCCGUGCCUCUUCAGGUGAUGAACUUUGUCGGGAGGUGACCGGGUCUGCCGUUCCAAACUCAUUCCAUUUGCCCGGAGACGAGCAGGAGACGCACCCACAAGUGACAACCGCGCCUACGGCAAACGCAGCACCUUCGACCGUGGCACUGGGGGAAGCCAGCGCCGCACCGCAUGUUGCAGAUAAUAGCGGAUCUCAAAAUUCGGCCGCCGAGCAAGAAGCCACAUCAGCGAAUGAAGCGACGAAUGAGCGUGCCGAAGUGCCAGGUGGCACUGGAGUAAUUUCACCAGUGAAGAACAUUGCCGCGGAUUCCAUCACGGUUGCUGAGAUCCCGUCCAUCGUUGCGGCUUCAGUAGCUUCGGCAGCAUCCUCAGCAAGCAAGCCAGCUAACAUCCAAGACCGCGAACCUGAGAGAGCAGCACAUGACGCCGUUGCGGUGGCUUAUGACUCGUAUGGUGACAAUGCAGAAAGGAGUGGGACCUUGUCGAUUCCAGCUUAUGCCUUCAUCGCGAAAAGCCAAGUUAUCACGACAGGGGCAGUGCCUGAGAAUUUGCAUGCAGCGGCGACGGGCAAAAACUCUGGAGGUGACACUACGAAUGUGGACUCCUCGGCCGCAAAUGCUGCCGUCCCGCUUGCUGCAGGCCAAAACGCGGCAGCAGCUCCGAUGAUCUCGGCACUGCCAGAGCUUAAAUCCGCAGUGGUCGCUGCGCAGGACGAUGUAGGUACAGAAGCAGAAGCCCUCAGGCGGCUGUACCUGACCAUAGCCAUAACUUACUUGGCAUCGCUAUCAUUUGGAUUAUCCGUUGCUUACUCGUCGCCAGCGCUUCCAAGUAUACGCAAGGUCAUGGAGUUCAGCGAAGCCGACAGCGAAUGGUUCGGCUCUCUUGUCAUGCUUGGUGCAGUCAUAGGAGGCCUAAGUGGCGGCCGUCAAGUGAACACGAUCGGCCGUCGCAACACUCUGAUUGCCUCGUCACUCUGGUUCCUGGUCGGUUGGCUGUGCCUGGCGUUGGGAACUCCCAAGGCGGCGCUGUUCGUCGGUCGCCUGCUCACGGGCGUCGGCACCGGCAUGGUGGCACUCGCCGUCAGCGUCUUUAUCUCGGAGAUCUCCCCAGCUAACCAUCGGGGCCUGCUGAACACGGGAGCCAACUGUGUGCUGUGUUGUGGUGUUUUGCUCGUCUUCGUGCUCGGCAAGUUCCUCAGCUUCUCGCUGCUGGCGGUCUGCUGCCUGCUGCCGGCGGUCGCCAUGAGCAUCUUGUUAUUCUGGUGCCACGAAUCGCCCCGCUGGCUGCUCAAGAACAAUCGACGUGACGAAGCCGCUAAAGCGCUGCGCUUCUACUUUGGUCCCGGUGCGGCGAGCGAAUUGACCACCUUGGAGGCCGCGCUGUCGCACAAGGGUGGCAUGCCUGCUGCGGGCUUCACCUUACGAGACAUGGCAUCGCCGCGCGUCUACCGGUCUUUCCUGUGCGUCCUGCUGACCAUGACGAUGCAGCAGCUGUCGGCCAUUAGCUUGAUCAUCACGUUUACCCAGGACAUCUUCGAAGAGGCCGGAACAACCAUGUCGCCAGAGAACUCGGCUAUUAUUGUGGCACUUAUACAGGUGGUGAUGGUAGGAGUAGCCACUGUUCUCGCCGAUCGCCUUGGCCGAAAAAUUCUGCUCCUGUUUUCGUCGGCAGUGUCGUCAGUCUGUCUUGGCGCACUUGGCCUGUACUUCUACUACAAGGCAAAUGUGGGCGACAGUUUCACCAAAGCCUACGGUUGGUUGCCGUUGACCAGCAUCUGCAUCUAUUUUGUCGGCUACUCCGUGGGCCUGGGCCCGUUGCCAUGGGUACUUCUGGGCGAAAUGAUUCCCCUGAAGGCCAGGGCAUUUGCGACCGGAACUUGCACCGCAAUUUUAUUUUCUGAGGGGUUUGCUGUCACCAUAAGCUACAGCGGUAUGCGUGCUACCCUGGGCAUGUCUGGGACCUUCUGGGUGUUUGGCGCCUCUCUUGCCCUAGGUUUUAUUCUUGUUUUCCUAUUCGUCCCUGAGACAGGGGGAAAGAACCUAGAAGACAUCGAGAAGCUUUUUGGCGGGAGUUCACCGUCACAACACGAAUCGCUCGUGAAGAACGAAGCUCAGAAUGCGAACUAGUUUUAUGUAUUUUUGCUUUCGCGCGUUAUUGACAUGACAGUGUAUUCGUCCACCCUCCAUGUGAUAGCAUAAAUGUUGCAAUUUG